AUGUCCAACCCUCAGAUCACAUUCCGGCAGACGACCUUCACGGGCCCCUCGCUCCUCUCCGCCCGCCGCCGCACCAUCUCCCGCACUACCAUCCGCGCCCAGCUCGACCAGCUCCGCGCCAACGGCCAGUACGACUGCUUCAAGCUGGGAUGGCACCCUAUCUAUGAUGACAAGUCGCGUUGGCCCGCGCCCCUGCACCUGUUCUGGGACAGCGACGUCGCCAAGUGGAUCGAGGGCGCCUGCUACUUCCUGGCCGACGAGUACGACGUCGAGGUCGACGCCGCCGUACGGGAGCUGGUCGCCAUGAUCCGCGGCGCGCAGCACGCGGACGGCUACCUUAACAUCCAUUUCUCCGUCGUCGAGCCGGGGAAGCGGUGGACUAACAUUCGCGAUAUGCACGAGAUGUACAACGCCGGCCAUCUGAUCGAAGCUGCCCUUGCGCACACGCAGUAUUACAGAAACGACCUCCUCAUGGAGCCCAUCGAGAAGUACAUAGCCCACAUCCGCCAUCGCUUCGGUACCGGAGACGGCCAGCUGCGCGCCUACCCGGGACACCCCGAGAUCGAACUCGCACUUCUCCGGUUCUACUCGGUGACGGGCUCCCGGGACGCGUACGACCUCGCACGCUUCUUCCUCGAGGAGCGCGGAAACCCCACGGGCCAGGACGGCCAGCACUUUUAUGACUGGGAGAUGGAGCGGCGCGGCGAGCCGCGCUGGAAGCGGCCCAACUCGUUCCCCAUGGACCGCUCCUAUUGGUACUGCCAGGCCCACGCGCCCAUCCUUGACCAGCCCACCAUCGAGGGCCACGCCGUCCGCGCCAUGUACCUCCUCACCGCCGCCGCCGACCUGCUGAAUCUCUCCCGCACAGGCAGCCCCUCGGCGCCGGCCCAGCCGCUGGCCGCCGCCCCGGACUGGCUCGCGGCACUCCGCCGUCUCUGGUCCAACAUGGUGGAUAAGAAAAUGUACCUUACAGGCGGCAUCGGCGCCAUGGCGCAGUGGGAAGGGUUCGGCAUCGACUACUUCCUGCCGCAGGGCGCGGACGAGGGCGGGGGCUAUGCCGAGACGUGCGCGUCGGUAGGCGUCAUGAUGCUCGCCGAGCGGCUGCUGCACGCGGACCCGGAGCUGGACGGGCGGUACGCGGACGUCAUGGAGCUGUGCCUGUACAACAACGUCAUGACGGCCAUGAGCCUCGACGGGCGGGCCUUUACAUAUGAGAACCCGCUCGCGAGCUGCGAGGGCGCGCCGAGCGGGAGGGAAGACUGGUUCUGGUGCGCGUGCUGCCCGCCCAACGUGACGCGUCUGUUUGGCAGCCUGGGCGGGUACCUCUGGGACUACGGCGGCGGCGGCGAGGACGAGGCAUGGGUGAACGUGCACCUGUACACGAACGCCGAGGUGAAAUUCGCCGCGGGCGGAGCCGAGGUGACGCUGUCGCAGAAGUCCAACUGGCCGUGGGAGGGCAACGUGCAGUUCGAGCUCGGGGGCGCCGAGGCGCUCGAGACGACGAUCCGGCUGCGCAUCCCGGCCUGGGCCGAGGGCGCAUUCGUGCUCACGCCCGCGGCGGCUCCCGGGACGACCGCGCUGGAGGGCGGGUAUCUGCGGCUGGGCGCGGCGUACACGACGGCCCACGCCGUCUUCUCGCUGGACGUAGGCGGCUUUGCGCCGCGGCUCGUCGCGCCGCACCCGUACACGGGCCAGAGGACGCUGGCCCUCGUGCGCGGGCCGGUCGUGUACUGCGUCGAGGACGCCGACCACGGCUGGGAGGGAAACCACUUCAAGGACGUCGGCUUGAGGGGGGGUGAGGCGGUUCGGGAGGAGUGGAGGAGCGCCGACGGAGGGGGCGACGGGGAGGGACGCAGCCGGUGUCUUGACUACAAGUCCAUCUCCCAUUAA